CACGUUUCCGGGGCACGCCGUCUAAAGAGGGAAGGUAGGAGACCAGGGUCCCGUAGGCUUCCAGCGUGCUGACUUCUGCCCCGGGGCCAAUCGUACAAACCACCGGAUCCUUGUUGAUGAUCAAAUUUAGCCAUUAUACCAUGGAUGCUGGAAAAAAGAUUGACCCCCUUGUUUCUGGGCAAACGUUACAACAAAGGGCCAACCCAGACCGUAGCCUCGCAACAACCAUCUACGUGCCGGAGCAAGGAGGCUACAAAGAGAAAUUUCUAAAGCCCGUGGAGGAGAAAUACAAAUGUGAAAAGUGCCGCUUAGUGCUGUGCAACCCGAGGCAGACGGAAUGCGGGCAUCGCUUCUGUGAGACUUGCAUGAAUUCGAUACUUAGUUCGCCCAAUCCACAAUGUAUGGCGUGUGAGGAAACCAUCGCAAGAGACAAGGUGUUUAGAGAUAACUGCUGCAGGAGGGAAGUCCUCGCUCUGCAGAUGCUCUGCAGAAAUGAGAACAGAGGUUGCCGAGAACAAAUAACUUUGGGUAAUCUUUUGAUUCACCUAAAAAGCGAUUGCCAGUUUGAAGAACUUUCAUGCCCUCGUGCCGAUUGCAAAGAAAAAGUCAUCAGAAAGGACCUGAGCGAUCACAUAGAGAAGACCUGCAAAUACCGAGAAACGCCAUGUGCGUACUGUAAAAACCAAGUCCCGCUGGUGGAAAUGCAGAAACAUGAAGAGAUGGAGUGUCCGUCUGUGGUAGUUUCCUGUCCUCAUAAAUGUAGUGUCAAAAGCCUUCUGAGGAGUGAGUUGAAUACACAUUUGUCUGAAUGCGUUAAUGCCCCAAGUACCUGCAGCUUUAAACGUUAUGGCUGCAGUUUUAAGGGAACCAACCAACAAAUUAAAGCACACGAGGCCAGUUCGGCUGUCCAGCAUGUGAAUCUGAUGAAAGAAUGGAGCGCCUACCUAGAAUCAAAGGUAUCUGUGUUGCAAAACGAAAGCUCGGAAAAGAACAAAAGUAUCCAGAUAUUACAUAACCAGAUGUGCAACUUUGAAGUGGAAAUCGAACGGCACAGGGAGAUGCUACGAAAUAACGAAGCAAAGAUCCAGCAGUUACAGAGGGUUAUAGAAGGUCAGGCAGAGAAGCUUAUAGAUCUCGACAAGGAAAUCAGGAGUUUGUGCCAGUCUGGGGAGGAUUCGGACACUUUGAAGAGCGGUUUGGAAUCUUUCCAAUCCCGUCUGACACAAUUAGAAACCAUUAGUAAAACCGCAGCAGCUUGGAAUCCAGGUGUCUUAGAAACUCAAAUCAAUCGACAUGACCAAAUGCUUAGUGUUCAUGAUAUCCGACUGGCUGAUAUGGAUCUCCGCUUCCAAGUGUUGGAAACUGCCAGUUACAAUGGGGUGUUAAUCUGGAAAAUCCGAGAUUACAAGAGGCGAAAGCAAGAAGCGGUCGUGGGGAAGACUUUAUCGCUAUACAGUCAACCAUUUUACACUGGAUAUUUUGGCUACAAAAUGUGUGCACGAGUCUAUCUCAAUGGAGACGGAAUGGGGAAAGGGACUCAUCUGUCACUGUUUUUUGUAAUAAUGAGAGGGGAAUAUGAUGCUUUGCUUCCUUGGCCCUUUAAACAGAAGGUCAGUCUGAUGCUGAUGGACCAGGGACCAUCACGUCGCCAUCUAGGAGAUGCCUUCAAGCCCGACCCAAACAGCAGCAGUUUCAAAAAACCCACCGGAGAGAUGAAUAUCGCAUCGGGCUGCCCCGUGUUUGUUGCCCAGACUGUUCUCGAGAAUGGGACGUACAUAAAAGAUGAUACUAUUUUUAUUAAGGUAAUAGUGGAUACAUCCGAUCUACCCGACCCCUGAUACUGACUUUUCAGGCACGUGUGGUGGAAGGCAAGGCCAACUCGGGGUUUUCUAUGUCGGUUUUCAAGGAGGGGUCCCAAAGUUUGGAGAAGGACCCGUUGUGCUGGAAAAGAAACCUGGAGGAAUAACAGCGUAGGGUUCAGUGCACAGGAUCCCCAAAUCCUGUGCAACGUAUACCUCUCUGUGUUGUCCUACAGAGAAUGCUGGGAAGAAAAA